UAUGUAUGUAUGUAUAAAUGUAGAGGUGUGGUGGCAGUGGUUAUCAUGCAAGCUUUCAAAUAUUUGGCUUGGGACUUGGGAAGCAUUGGAUAAAAAAAGAACCACUCAUUUGCAUUUGGUAGUUUAUUCCAACAAUCUCAGCGAUGAAAGCAAUGACAGCAACAACGUUUGAUGUCUCUGCCGCUUGCUUCCGUGCUCCUCCUUCACGUUCUCUCCUCUUCUCAUCCAAUCUAUGCCAUACAAGCUCUUCAAUUCUGAACUCCCUGAAUUCUCACAAGGGACGGUUUAGCGUUUCUGUCCCACCCAAGUUUCCAAACUUCCGGAGGGAAGUUGGUAUGAAGGGAAAUUUGGAGGCUGUUAGAGUUCCAACUUCAGUGCCUGUGCGUGUAGCAUACGAGCUUCUUCUAGCUGGUCAUAAGUAUUUGGAUGUAAGGACCCCUGAAGAGUACCAUGCUGGACACGCUCCUGGCGCAGUUAACAUACCUUACAUGUUCAGAGUUGGAUCAGGGAUGACUAAAAACAGCAACUUUCUUAGCGAGGUGGCUUCACAUUUUAGGAAAGAUGAUGAAAUUAUUGUUGGUUGUCAGCUUGGUAAAAGGUCCAUGAUGGCCGCAAGUGACUUGCUAGCUUCAGGUUUCACUGGACUCACAGACAUGGCUGGUGGGUAUGCUGCUUGGACACAAAAUGGACUUCCAACAGAACAAUGAAGUGUUCCAGUUGGACCUGCAGCUGUAUAUAGAAUAAUUUUGGGAGGAGUUGCAUGCAUGGAAAUGCAUAAACACUUAACCAAGACAAUGGAAAUCUGAUGAUACUGGAAAACAAAAUCCAUAGAUGGAAAAAAAAAAAAAAAAAAGUACAUGUAAAUGCGGGAAAGAGGGGGAGGGGGGGUGUUAUGUAUUUGUCAAUAACUAAAUAUCAACAAUAAAACAAAAUGUUUAAUAUUUA